CAAGCGUUGUUUAUACGAGUCGUCGGAUAUAAAUACCAAAGAGAACCUUAAAAAGUCAACAGUAAAGAAGUGGAACCAGUAUUGUGAGCUGCGUAUUGUCACCUUGAUACCUCUGAAAAGGACAUUCUAACGGCUGUUUCUAUUCGGUGCAUCAUGGAGUCGCCUGAAUCUUACCUUGCUAACAGCAAUAUGCAACGUCGAGACACCAUCGAAAUUAUAGUCGAAUUCAGUUGUGAACUGUCAAACAUGCGGGGAAAAUGUAUUGACAUCGGAUGCGGUCCAGGGCAAAUCACAAAAGACAUAUUAUUGCCUUUUUUGUCAGAAGAGACAGAGAUGAUAGGUGCGGACAUAUCACAAGAAAUGAUCAAUUAUGCUCGUCAAAAUUACGCAGACAAGCGUUUAUCCUACGUUAUUAUGGAUAUUGAAUCGGACCUACCAAGUGAUGAAAUUGAACACUAUGAUAACACAGUAAGCUUUUACUGCUUGCAUUGGUGUAAAGACAUAAGGUACGCCUUCGAAAAUAUUUACAAGCUUUUACGACCACAAGGAACAGCGCUAAUCAUGUUCUUGUCGCAUCACAUCGGAUUUGAAGCGUACUUACGAUUAAAAGAAGAUCCGCGAUUUCAGCCUUAUCUCCAGGAUGUACGUCGUUAUUUGCCUUACUUUCAAAGAAAGCGUUACAAAGAUAUAGAAGCGAAUGCACAAAAAAUGUUGGAAAAUACUGGUUUCAAAAUUCUACAUUGCAGCAACAGGAAAAAGAGCUUUCACUUUACUAAAACGAGUCUCACAGAUUCCGCAUGCGCCGUAAAUCCUUUUAUGAAGAGGUUUCCCGAUGAAAAUUUAAAAAAAGAAUUUUUGGAAGAAUUUAUAAAGGAAAUAAUUUCUUUGAAUCAGAACGUUCCACUUAAAAAAUCCAAAGAGGACCAAAAGGAAUAUGUUACACUGCCAUAUUACCUAUUAGUAGCACACGUGCAAAAACCGUAAUCGACUGCUUGAAGAGUAAAAUAUUAU